UGGGGGCGGGUUCAAAUACGGGUGGAAGCCAUCUUGGACGUUUGCUUGACUCUGACGAGACUCGUUGGUAGUUAGCUAAAGAUUGCUCACAAAUACCGCUUACGGCACCGGCUAUUUCAAUAGCUCAAGGUUUGGACAGCCCCGAGGAAGGACACAGCGGCCCAGUUUAGCUAAUCAAGAUGGCUAGCUGAACUGUCGGCCAAUGCCUGAACGCUUGCGAAGCUCUCUUGGAGUAUUCCAGAUAAUGUUGACAAAAUUUAUCUAUGCUAAGCCCUAAUUUAAUUUCCAUGCAUAGAAGUCUUAUAAAAAACGAGAAGAGGAAUUUGUUUCUGGACACUUGAUAUCACAAAAGACAUUGUUGAAGAGUAAAUGAUUUAGUAUUUACCUUUAGUUGAUUAAGAUUUAAAAAGGCAAGGGCAAUUUUUAUGUUUUGAGUGGACUCACUUCACCUGGAAACUGUUAAAGGUUUCAUUGCUGUUGGAAUAAAGUUGAGCCAAGUCAACAUGAGCACCGCCAGAACGGAGAACCCAGUGAUUCUGGGCUUGCCCAACCAGAAUGGACAGCUCAGAGGCUCAGUGAAGCCUGCUGGAGCACCAGGUGGAGGUGGAGGAGGGCCGCAGCAGCAGCUUAACCAGAUGAAAGGCACAAUCAACAAUGGAAACUCCCAGCCAGCCCCUACAACAAAUGCUGUCAUCAAGCCUGGAGAUGACUGGAAGAAAAAUUUGAAAUUGCCCCCAAAGGACAUGAGGAUGAAAACUUCGGAUGUGACUGCAACUAAAGGCAAUGAGUUUGAAGAUUAUUGCCUAAAGAGGGAGCUGCUUAUGGGAAUCUUUGAGAUGGGCUGGGAAAAGCCAUCUCCAAUCCAGGAGGAGAGCAUCCCCAUUGCACUGUCAGGAAGAGAUAUUUUGGCCAGAGCCAAGAAUGGCACGGGAAAGAGUGGAGCCUACCUCAUUCCCUUACUUGAACGCAUUGACCUGAAGAAGGACUGCAUACAAGCUUUGGGCAUAGUGCCCACCAGAGAACUGGCUCUGCAAGUAAGCCAAAUAUGUAUCCAGGUCAGCAAACACAUGGGUGGUGUGAAGGUCAUGGCAACCACAGGUGGAACCAAUCUUCGUGAUGACAUCAUGAGACUCGAUGAAACAGUACAUGUGGUCAUUGCCACACCUGGAAGGAUUUUAGACCUCAUCAAGAAAGGAGUGGCCAAAGUUGGUCAAGUGCAGAUGAUCGUUCUAGAUGAAGCUGACAAGCUCCUGUCUCAGGACUUUGUGGUCAUGAUGGAGGAGAUCCUGGGCUUUUUGCCCAAGCAGAGGCAGAUUUUGCUUUAUUCUGCAACCUUCCCUCUCAGCGUGCAGAAGUUCAUGAAUUCACACUUGCAGAAACCCUAUGAAAUCAACCUAAUGGAGGAGCUUACACUGAAGGGUGUGACUCAGUAUUAUGCUUAUGUAACUGAAAGGCAAAAAGUCCAUUGCCUCAACACCUUGUUUUCCAGGCUCCAGAUCAACCAAUCCAUAAUCUUCUGCAACUCGUCUCAGAGAGUGGAGCUCCUUGCCAAGAAGAUCUCCCAGCUUGGAUAUUCAUGUUUCUACAUUCAUGCAAAGAUGAGACAGGAACAUCGUAACCGUGUAUUCCACGACUUCAGAAAUGGCCUGUGCCGGAAUCUAGUCUGCACUGACCUCUUCACAAGAGGAAUCGACAUUCAAGCUGUGAAUGUUGUGAUCAAUUUUGAUUUUCCUAAGCUGGGAGAAACGUACCUUCAUCGCAUCGGUAGAUCUGGCCGCUUCGGACACCUGGGUCUAGCUAUCAACCUCAUCACGUAUGACGAUCGCUUCAACCUGAAAGGGAUUGAGGAACAGCUUGGAACAGAAAUAAAGCCCAUCCCUGGCAUCAUUGACAAGAGCCUAUAUGUGGCAGAGUACCACAGUGAGAGUGGCGAAGAAGUCAAGCCAUGAGCCAAGACCAGUCCAUCCUCCACUCCCCUCUGUAUUCUACUUCAUCCCCCACAUCUUUGGAUUUUUUUUUUUUUUUUUUUUAAAUGUACAGUUGCUGUAUGUCUUCCUUUUUUGGAUGCCACCAUUAGGAAUGCGUGCUUUGAUGGAUGUGUUAUUGGAAGAACUCAUCUGCCUUUUUAAGGCUCUUUGCUGCACCACCACACCCUGAAGACAUGGGCACCACGAGGAAAGAAUGGGACCAAGUCAGAAACGUUAUCAGUGCGCACAUUGUGAUGAUUCAUAUCCACCACUGACACAAAGCCAGCACCAACAGAGAGCGAUAGGACACCCUCCAUUCUCCACUUUUAAGUUCGGAAGUUUUAUCCAAUUAAUAUCAAGUGCCUUAAACAGUUCAGCUUGUUCUAAAGUAAUAACCCCUCAUUAUCGGUCAUCUCUCUCCACUCCAUGCUACAUAUUUCUGUUCACCUAAUUGAAAAUUUGUUACACUAAUUUAAUGUCUGACAAAAUAGGUGAAUUCAUACCCGUCUUUGGUUGGGUCAUCCAUUCACAGCAACUGGAGAUGAUUGGAGGCAGACUGGUCUGAAUUAUCUUCUUGCUGGCUAAGCUGAACUUGAGUCUGGCUGAUAAAUGAGGACAAACUUGGAUUUCCAUGGACAGAGAUGCUGGAUUUUUUUGUUUUUUGUUUUUUCCCUUUCUCCAAGAUGCAGCCAGACUGUCAGUCAUUGGUGGAAAAAAAACUUGUGCUUCUGAGAGACCCAAACUCUUUCCUCUGUCUUCAGCAUCAGAACACUAAAAAUAAUUAAGCAGCCUUGCAACACCAUGAGUCAUGAGGAUUCCUAUUUUGGUGGAGUUUAUUUGGAGCGAAUGCCUGACGCGUGUUUUUAUUUUUUUUCUCCCUCAUUUCUUCUUCGGUCUGUCUUUUGUCGUCCUGUGUUUCACCUUCCUGUGGGUGGCCAUACUUAAUUCUGUGAGACGUGCAGCCAGCGUUUGGGGUGCACCUUACACUUUGUGUAUAUACCUUCAUUUUAAGAUUGUUUUAAACAAGUUAAAAAGGCUGCCUGACAAACUGAAAAGCCAUCCGCCCCUUCCCUCUUGUUAGCACUGGAGAUGGUUUCCCGAACUGCCAGUUUGUUUGAUCUGCAAUAUUGGCCUGUGAAUUUAUUUAUAAUUUUAGAAAUUGCAGAAUUUACCGGAAUCUAAAACAUUUAAAUGGCGUAGUUCAUGAAAUGUUUUUAGAGACAGUUAUUGCUGAAAAUCUUUUUAGCCCAUGCAUAUUUGUUGGAAUGUUUCUUCAAAGAUGCACUUAACUGUUUAAAUUGUUGCCCUUGUUCUUUUGCUUCCAGUGUUAACAAGUGCGAGUCUUGACAGAUGGCUUUCUGAAGCUUGUGCAUUUGAGUAAUGAAGUCUUUGUCACCAGCCUUGACUUGUGAAACUCUUGAAACACUCUUAAGAUUUCUUAUACUGAGUGCUGGUGUUGGAAAAGAAAAUAUUCUAUUACUUACUACUCGCUGCAGUGCAGCUGAAUUGGCAGAUAAUUUGUUUUGUGGCGACGGUAUUAGCUGUUACGUUGAUUUAUGCCCUGUUUAAGCACAGCUACAUUACUUCCUAAUAUUGAGGGAGGGGCAGGAAGUCCCCCUCCUUCUGCAGAAUGUUGGCCGACUGCAUCAAAACGAACCAUCUGAAAUCCAUCUAAAAUGUAGCAGGAACAAAUUCUGUGCUUUGCAAGUUGGCUGGCUUUUGUGAAACCAGCUAACAAAAGAUACUUUAAAAACGAACAUGAGCAAGUUGAUCAGCACUUAAAACACAGAUGGUUCAUGCAGCUACACUUACUGCACUACUUUUUACACACUAGAUACCCACUUGGGAGUAAAGUGCAUGCUAGUGCAGGGAGGGGGAAUGAACAAGAUGGGUUAGAAAAUUACUUUAUGUCAGACUGCUUGUUUAAGACAUAACUUGGGCAUCCCAGCCUGCUGAGUUUAUGGCUAAUUUCUCUGCCCUUUAUUGCUUUAUGUUUUGGGUUUUGGGGCUUUACCUCUGCAUUUUAUAUGCAACGUGACAACCUUACAUUUGCAUUGAGGUCCUCUGAUCACUUUGUUCAGCUGAAACCUUUUUGUAACUGAGGUGUUCCCUUUAAUAUGGCGAGAUGCUCUCUUAACUGUUUUAACCAAUGGGAAGUAUUACUCAUUUAAUUUAAGCUCAUUUCAAAAGACAAGUGUAGCAGAGAUGAUUAGUUACCCGUGUAUUUCUCAUUGGUUAGACUCUGAUCCCUGUUCUCACACUUCUGCUGUUGUCCCAGAAAUACUUGCACAUCUAAACUGAUAAUUAGGCUGUUUGUUUUUUGGGGGGGUGGGGGGAAUUUUUCUCGUUUAAAGUCAAAAUUAAAUUUGAGCAUUAGUGGAGUCGACAGGGAUCUGUUUGUGCAGGCACUUGGCAGCUGUCUGUUUCUUAUCAGCCCACUGGCAGUAAUUGAAAUGCUUUGAGGCUAAAAUUGACGACCCUUCGAGGUUCAGCGUAUGGCUGCCUUCAUGUGGGAGCUAGUUUUACUGCUAGUGGCUGUCAUGGAGAACCUUAACGACUGAGACAAGAGCAUCUUUCCCCAGAUUGGGCAUCUAAUUGGUUAAUAAAAUUGUCUCUUUUGUUAAGGUCUUUUUUUUUUUUCUUUUUUAAAUUUGGGAGGAGGUUGAAUUGGUGCGCCUGCUGCCCUGAUGCAUAAGUUCGUCCUCUUGAUUGUUGUGACACAUUAAUAACACAACUUUUGUGUACAAUUUGGCCGUCCCAUCUCUCAACUGUCAAGAGACGAUAGGAGUCCUUUUUAGGAUUUCUUUCUGAAUUUAUGCAUCAGUAAAAUAUGUGGGGUGGGGCCUGUGGGUACUUCAGAAACAGGAUAUCUAAAGAUCCAAAGUUUAGGUAAUGGGUACGAAAAGGUUUGAAAGAGUUACCCCGCUUUUUUCUUUUCAAAAUGAAAUGUUCAAUGGAGUACACGUUUCAUGAAAAAGGCUCCAAAUUUAAGUGAAAUUUUCUUUAUUUUGAAUUUGGUUGCUUAAUUGGCAGAUUUUUCAGUGAUGCAAGAUGUCAUAAAUAUUACUGGAUUGGAUUAAAAGUUGUGUUCAAUAAAGCUCACUGAAAUUUA